CUUGCAUACGUCAACUGUCCACCCGCUCUGCAUACUGUUACGUUCGUUGUGGCGCAGUUUGUACAAAUGUUCAUUGCUGCAUUUGUGUUAUUUGCCUGCAUAUCAGUAGUUAAAAAUAACCCGAACGUUCAAAGUGAUGCUUUAUUCAUUGGCUCCGUAUCAGCUCGUGACAAGAGCCAUUUCCGUUCGGUUUUCGAAACACAUGUUAAUGAAUCGCCAUCUGAUAUUUCUAAGACUUACCAUGCCAUAUUAGGUCUUCAUUCCCUUAAUGAAAGGGUUCCUAAUGCAGAUUCUGCCUGUUCCACCCUAAACAAGCCCAUAUCAAACUCAGAAGAGGCAUUCUAUAUGAGUUCGCUGCACAAACUCAUUGGCACCGCAAAGUGUAAGGUAUCAGGUUCAGAGGUUGAGAAGUUGUCCAAGCAGUUGUUGACCGAAGAUAUAUCAAUUGAAAAUCUGUUUUAUCUAGUUUCAUCUAUGAAAAGUUUGCAAAUUAAAAUUGACGCUAACCGUGUUACUUCAAUAAUUAGCAAAAUAAAGACCACAGAUACUAGCCCAAUGACGUUGAGUUUUGUUUUACAAAUCGUACAUCAACUUGGUCUGACGAAAUCAGAUAUGAAUGGCUACGUAUCUAGUAUAGAUAAAGUUCUGGACCAGGCAAAUGAAAUUAGUGAUAAUCAGCUCUUUUAUGAAAAAGGCUUAUACACAACAUCAUUUGUUGCGAAAAGUAUUGUUGACUUUCUUACUGCAUACGGAGAGGUUCCAAAGAGCGUUGAGAACAAACUAGUCAAAUUAUUCAACUAUCUUUACACACGUCGUCAAACUGCCAAUCUACGUGCUUCUGCUUAUUUGGUUGCUGCUUUCAAAUCAUUAACCGAUUGUUCAUUAUUGGUAAGCGAUAUUGGUUACAAUGAAUUUACUAUGUAA